GGAAAGGCCUGGUAUUUCCAGUGUCGCAGAACAGAUUGAUGGAUGUCUGACAACCACAGGAUAACCUUCUUUGCCCAUUGAUCUUAGUCCCAGUGUUCUCCUCUCUCCAAAUGGCCGACUAUGACCCCUCACCGAGGCCAACUGGAUACCGACUGCGAAUGGCAUGCCAAGAAUGUAGGAAGCGGAAGAUCAAAUGUGACGGUGGGAGGCCCUGCAAUAUUUGCCAGCGAAGGGGUACAUCUUGUUUGUACCGCGAUAUCGUGCGCCAAAGGAUGAGACGACACCAAAACAACAAGCAUGAAGACGCUCCUACAACGAUGCCUAAACUACCUAGGGGCAUAUGUGAGGCCGAGAAUGCACAGUCAACCAAUGAAGAACUAUCAGCUUCAAAUAUUCCGCACGAUCAAGGAUCCACAGUCAAAUAUAGUUUCAACAAUGGGGUCUCGGCCACAGAUACAGCAUCUCCACUCACCACGGUGCAGCUAUACUACGGUUCAACAUCACAAUUUGCCUUCAUGCAUGAGUUCCAUCAGGAGCUGAUGCCCGAUCGAGCCAACCAGUCUAAUGAGACUCGAGGGGAAGUUAUGGAGAUGGGGCCUGGACUGGAUAUGUUCGACUUUCGGCCAGUUUUCUUUGGUCGCCCAUUCGAGACAGAUGGUGUUUCAGGAAAGCCCGGUGAUGGAGGAACUAGAGAGCCUGUUUUUCUCAUCGACAAAGACCUAGCAAAAGCUUUCUUGGAGCGGUAUUUGUCGACGUCAUAUUACUUGGCAACAUUUCGACCGGCGGAAAAUUUUCGUCGAGAUUUGGAGAGCUUAUAUAGUCCACUACCUGGAUCCGAAAUCGAUACGUGGUCCCGGUUAGUUGUCUUCAUGGCCUUAGCCCUAGGCUCUCUAGGCACAGCUCACUGCGAAUGGGGUGAUAUUCUGUUCCAAAGGGUCAAUGAUACUAUUACCUCGAUGAGUGAUGUGGUGAAUCUUUCCGCUGUCCAAAUUUCGUUAUAUAUGAUAACCCAGUUCCAAACUGAACAAGGGAGAUUCAAUUCCUCGUUCUUGCAUCUUGGUAUAGCAGCCAGGAAGGCUAUCUCUGCCGGGCUGCAUAAAGAGCCCCCAGCGAACAGUGACGAUGGUAGUGAAAGCGUCGAAGAAAGACGAGAUACAUUCUGGUCACUUUACUUUUAUGAAACUUGGGUAACAUUCCACCUGGGCAGACCAAGCGCCAUUUCACCAAGAGAUAUCAAUAUCAAACCCUCCGCGAAUCCAUUCUUACAACUUCUGGUUACUCUGUGCCAAGUUAUUCACCGUUCAGUGGAUGGGAUAAACGGCCAACAUGAGAAAUCAUUGUUGCAGAUGUGGCACACAGCUAGAUCCGUCAUGGACAACCUACGGACCUACGAUGCCUGCAUGCGCCGCGCGCUUGGUACUGGCCUAUCUAGUAAACCUCGACCAGGAGUAUACUACCAUGUAAUCCUCCUAACAUAUCGACCAUUCUUAGUCUUCCGGCGACGAUGGCAGCGGACUCCACAAGACCCAGCCCAGGCGGCAGGGGCAGGUGCACAAACAUCUAAAUGGCUAAACGAGGCUUGUAACUGUGCCCUUAACGCUGCUUGUCGAACUAUAGAAUACCUGUGCGAAGCAGCCCUCGCAAAUGAGCUUGUCAGAGAAGCCCGCUAUCAUGGAUACUUCUUAAGUAGUGCCUGUUUCGUCCUCGCUUACAAUAUUGUCCACGGAGAAAAUGAAAGUUCAGUUCCAUCUUACAUCCCUUGGAUCCAUGCCGCGAUACGCUGUCUCGAAUCGAUGCGACCUGGAGAUCCCAUAAACACCUUCGUUGCCGCUAUCCGAAACAUUCUAACGAAAGUUAGUUCUUUAUGCCAGUUGCGCCAGCUGACAAAGCCAUUCCUGGUCAAAUGA